AAAAAGAUGAUGGUUUGGUUUUAUUUUUCUGAGUCAAUGAUUAAUAUAGCAUACGCUAUUAAUAAACUCUUGAUUGUCCUGCAUUUCACUUGCGUGAAAAAGCAUAGCGCGUAAGGAUUGAAAAAGUAAAUUGGAAAGUAAUAAACCUAAUUAAGAUAAAAGCAAAAAUGGAAAAACAUUUUUUUUUUUUUAAAAACAUUCCAUACAGCGUGUCUAAGUAACAUGAGUAAUGAAACUGUUGCAAUGAAGCCCUGAGUAAUGCGUUAAAAAUUGUGUUUGCCACAGAUGGACCAGUCGUCUCCAACCUACAUGCUUGCCAACUUAACCCACUUGCAUUCUGAACAGCUCCUGCAAGGCUUGAACCUCCUUCGCCAGCAUCACGAGCUCUGCGACAUCAUCCUCAGAGUCGGCGAUGUCAAGAUCCACGCCCACAAAGUGGUGCUUGCCAGCAUCAGCCCCUACUUCAAAGCCAUGUUCACCGGGAACCUCUCGGAGAAGGAGAACUCGGAGGUGGAGUUCCAGUGCGUGGACGAGGCGGCGCUGCAGGCCAUCGUGGAGUACGCCUACACCGGCACCGUCUUCAUCUCCCAGGACACCGUGGAGUCGCUCCUUCCCGCUGCCAACCUGCUCCAGAUCAAGCUGGUGGUGAAGGAGUGUUGUGCCUUCCUGGAGAGCCAGCUCGAUCCCGGCAACUGCAUCGGGAUUUCCCGCUUCGCCGAGACCUACGGCUGCCACGACCUCUACUUGGCUGCUAACAAGUACAUUUGUCAAAACUUCGAAGAUGUUUGUCAGACAGAAGAGUUUUUUGAGCUGACGCACGCUGAACUGGAUGAAAUCGUUUCCAACGACUGCCUGAACGUUGUGACGGAAGAGACCGUGUUCUACGCGCUGGAGUCCUGGAUCAAGUACGACGUGCAGGAGCGGCAGAAGUACUUGGCACAGCUGCUCCACUGCGUCCGGCUGCCGCUGCUCAGCGUCAAGUUCCUCACCAGGUUGUACGAAGCAAACCAUCUCAUUCGUGACGACCAUACCUGCAAACACCUGCUAAAUGAGGCCCUGAAGUACCACUUCAUGCCUGAACACAGACUGUCCCACCAGACCAUGCUGAUGACACGACCUCGCUGCGCUCCAAAAGUUCUGUGUGCUGUCGGAGGGAAAGCUGGACUCUUUGCCUGUUUGGAAAGUGUUGAAAUGUAUUUUCCCCAGAAUGACUCUUGGAUAGGCCUGGCACCUCUUAGCAUUCCCCGCUAUGAAUUCGGAAUAUGUGUCCUAGACCAGAAAAUAUACGUUGUGGGAGGGAUUGCGACCCACGUGUGCCAAGGCAUCAGUUACCGGAAGCACGAGAAUUCCGUGGAGUGCUGGGACCCUGACACCAACACCUGGACGUCUCUGGAGAGGAUGUUUGAGAGCCGGAGUACUCUGGGGGUGGUGGUGCUGGCCGGCGAGCUCUACGCCUUGGGUGGCUACGACGGGCAGUCGUACCUGCGGACUGUAGAGAAAUACAUUCCUAAAGUGAAGGAGUGGCAGCUCGUGGCCCCAAUGAACAAAACAAGAAGCUGUUUUGCUGCAGCUGUCUUGGAUGGGAUGAUAUAUGCCAUCGGGGGUUACGGCCCUGCCCAUAUGAACAGCAUGGAGCGUUACGAUCCGAGUAAAAACUCGUGGGAGACGGUCGCUUCCAUGGCUGAUAAGCGAAUAAACUUCGGUGUCGGUGUCAUGCUGGGCUUCAUUUUCGUGGUGGGAGGACACAACGGUGUGUCUCACUUAUCGAGCAUCGAGAGAUACGAUCCUCACCAAAACCAGUGGACUGUGUGUCGGCCCAUGAAGGAACCCAGGACAGGAGUCGGUGCAGCCGUAAUUGAUAACUACCUUUAUGUAGUUGGAGGUCAUUCGGGGUCGUCCUAUCUGAACACUGUACAGAAAUACGACCCCAUCUCGGAUACCUGGCUGGACUCUGCUGGGAUGAUGUACUGUCGAUGCAAUUUUGGUUUGACUGCACUUUGAUGAAAAGCAGGACUUUAUGGACCUGGUGGAGCUUAACCUGCUUGAAAAUAAACCCUGCUGGUGGAGACCGUAAGCUGCGUUUUCUGAAGCUGGGAAGUCGGAGGAGCGUGGUGAAGUUAGGGUUGAAAUGAGGAAGGAUUUGUUUUCUUCCAGUAAUGGGCCUUUGUUACGUUAGUGACGCGGGCAGGACGACGGGAAAGCUUGUUACCAGAUGGGUUUAGCAUCCUCCUGAUGGCAGUGAAUUCCAGAGAGUACUGUAAUGUCUGGGAUUUGGUUAGAAAACUCACUGUAUAUCUAACCCUUUCACUUUCUAGAGCUUUCCUCUCUUCCUCCUGCCUACUAGGAAACAUGAAGUUUACUGUGCUUGGGGUGAGAGACGUGUGAGUGUGCUGUAGGACUGGACAGCUCGCUGGUGGUCGUCUGGAUGUGUCUUCAUCUUAGGGAAACGCCAGUGCUUCAUCAUUUUUUUUAUGAACAGUAACUAAAGGGCUGCCUUGUUUCUGUAUCUCAAGGUUUGUAAAUAAUAAAUGCCAUAGUCUGUUGCCUGUACACUCUCCUUUGUUACUCGCUUACCUGUAGGAGGGCUGGGAUGGUAAUUAGUGACCACGUAAGGAAAUUCACAAGGCAGAUUUAUUGCCUCUUAAUGAAAUUUUUGGAUCUGAUGAAAUCACGUUUUGAACUUCCCUUAUAUUUUCUUUGAGUGGAUAAAUGAGCGCUAGAUUGAACGACUUCAUCUUGCUAGUCUGCUGUGUGUUUUCAGUCGUAACACAAGGAACAGUGACAGCAGUAGCGUGUGGGGAGAUGCCACAGCAGCGUUCGUAGCCUGAUAUAAAAUAAAUACUCAGACAUGAAUCCCUCCCAUCCUUCUCCCAAGCGCACUUGUGUCCGUAUUCCGUAUAACUUCCUUUUUUAAAAGAAUGUAUGAUUGCUUUCUCAGAGUGUUCAGAUAUAAAAAUGGUGCUAAAUGUAGGACUUAACAAUAAGGCUGUUACUGAUUUUAGUGCAGUAUGCAUAAAGCAUGAUUGUUUUUGAUUGUUCUAGUGUUUUUGUUCCUUAUUUGCUUGAUACAUUCGUGCCUAAGAAAAUUGUCAAGAAUAACACGAUGUACUGAAUGAGCUCUAUGUUUGUCACGUUAUUUUUUUUUUUUUCCAGAAGAUCUACGUUUGUUGUUCCUAUUCUCACAAACACAUAAAUAGGGAGCGAGUAGUCUCGGGUUCUUCAGCCUUGCCUUUAUCACCAGUCGUGGUGAAUGAAGAGCACGGGGUGGAGUUGCUCCUCCCAAGCGUGUCUCCUGCGUGACAGAGCACUGAGGGUCGGUUCCUCUGACUGACCAGAAUCUCAGGAGAUGCAGCUUUGGGACAGCCCUCAACUUAGAGAAAACUUGGGCAGAGAAAUAGAAAGUGAGGCUGCGGGUUGUAAUCGUUAUUUAAAACAGAUGACCGCAUAAAUACGAAUUUUUAGCUAAUUUAGAAUGCUUUGGUUUGUCUUCUGAUUUUAACUAGGAAUCAUGGUUAUCUUGAAUUUCUGUUUCAAUGUCUGUACGUCUAUUGCCAGGCCUGGUACUGAAGAAUUUUUCUGCCUCCAGAGUUCUUUUCCCCUUGUUUUAACAUGUUAAUUUAAUGUUUGUUUCCCCUUGUUUUUCUAGCCUGUGUAGUAUUAUUUUUGAAGGUGCAAUAAUCUUUAAAAUAGUCGCUUUAAAAGCCAUUUCUUGGUAGGUUUGUGAAGUGGAGGUUUUUUGAGUGUACUUGAUUUAUUCUAGGUCCCUGCAGAGCUCGUUGCACCUGGCGGUUCUCCUUGUUCUUCCGUACUCUACCGUGCAGAUUUUUAGCAGUCAAGGAGGCGAGGCCGUUCUCACCAUAAAACGUUAUUCAUUGAUAACAGGUGUUUGCACAGACCGUGAGAUCCUGCACGAAUUCUUCAGAUUUGGUAGAAUUAAGCAGGACUUCAAAAGCAAAUAAAAUGGAACAGGGUCAGUGUUUUCAGUGCGGUUUCUUUGACCCAAUAAGGAUUCCAGUUUAUAUAGCAAUAAGAGCGUAAAUUAAUGAUUCCGGGGAUUCUGUGGAUAGGACAGGUGUAGGUACCCGGUGGUGUGUUGCGUGUGGGUGUGUGGGGAGGAGGAGCAGGGGGAGCAGCGCUGGGGCUGGGGCCCAGGAGGUGUUUCAGCCUGCUGUGUAGCUCGCCUCGUUCUGUCAGGGUAGGUGCACAAACUCGGCGCUUCCGUGGGCUGUUCCGCAGAGAGGCCCUUGGUGGUCACGUUGUCCAGUGUACGCCAGAGAUAAGGGUGCUUAAAAAAACGAUAUUAAAAUAAGAACAAUUCCUUGCCUAACGCUGAUGGGCUUUCCACACAGUUUGGUACCGUACCUGCCAGAGCUUAACUGCAGAGGCACUCCGUGGAUGAAGGUGUUCCUGGUUGGAAAUACCAGUAAACACCACGUGCAGUUGGUAGAAAGCGGUGCAGGGUACAGAAAACAUUUUGGCUUCCAUCAGAGCAAGAGGUCAAGGUGGUGUUGAUGGUUACUCGGUGUUCAUAUAAGCAUCUUUCAUUUAGGGAAGUCAGAGCACUUAAAAUUACAUAAUGUUUUAUUCUUUUUACCUGGGCAGCAGCAACGAUAAAUCAGGUCACAGAGACUGACCCCGUAUUGUAUAAUGUGCUAUUGCUGAAUUUAAAAUAGCAGCAUAAACGAUUUUUUUAGUGUGCAGGCUUGGUCUGAAGAACAGGAAAAACGCCUAAUGAAAUAUCACUGUUAGAUGAACUGUUUAGCUGGCAACAGCUUGAAGAGUACCAACCCCCCGGGGUCGUGUCACUUAAAACCACGCCACCUUCAUUUUCUGUUCUGGGUGCUUGUUGUCCUGUUCACUGAAGUGCUUGGUUAUAGGGAGAUCAGACACAACAAUCCCUUUAAAUCUGUGUUUGAAGAAAAGUGCUCUCAUCCUAAUGUCUGUCUUGCCGUUUAAAAAUUAAGGACCUUCAAAUUUAAGGUGUCAUACAACUAUAAAUUAUCAUCCAGUUCUAUUUCUUAAUCACUCAAAAUUCUCUGUAAAGCACUUUAAAAUGGGUAUGAGUUUAUAUGUGUACGUGCAGUUCUUGAAUUUCUGCCUUUUUUUUUUUUUUUCCUAGCUAUUCAUCUGUAAGCUUCUUGACAGCCUCUCCUCCUAGGAACGCUUUUCUUUCAGAAAUCUAGUUGGAAUUUCUAGAGGGGCAAGUGUGUCCAGUCUGCAGUACAAGCAGUUAACUGUUUCUGGGAGAUAGUGUGUUACUUCUGUGAAUUUGCCAUCUGUAAGUCCCCAUUCACUCUAUGAAACAAUGCAAAUUGUCCAAACUUGCCUUAAAUUCUUGAUAUUUAACUGAAACGCAAAGAACUGGAUGAUAAUUCCUAUUUUUUUGCCUUAUGCGCUGUGCUGUAUUUUAAACCCAAGGAUAACUCUAAUUUUUAGCAGGAUUUAAUAACUGUACAGAGAAUACCAAAUUGUACUCGGACUUGACCAGAGUGCUUUGGUUGGGAGUAUAAAAUGGUAUAUGUAGUUCCGUGUACGUAGAGUGUUUUUACGUGUUCAUCUUUUCUAGCAGCGAUGUUCUGGUUUUGUUAUUGUUUACAAAAGUGGCAUUUGAGUUCAACAGGAAAAUAACUGUAACCUGCAUUCUUGGUCUUUACUAGCGUUCUCAACGUGUUUGCUGUUGUGACAAAAUGCUCUGUAAGUAUUGUUGUAAUGAUUUCAUUGAAUGUGAAACAAUUUAGUAAAUAAACCUGGGG